CUCGGGAGCCCCGUGGAGGGGCCUUGCGCGCAAAGGGGCGCCUUGUGAGGCGAGUGGGUGGCCCUGGCGCCCAAGCCUUAGAGAGAUGCCACGAGUGGGGCUUUCCCUGCCCGCUUGAAGGAGGACUGAGCAGCUCCAGAAGCCUUUCCUGCUUCCAUUCCCUCGGCAUUACUCCUUCCAGACACUUUGGAAAGCAUGGGAGCCGGCGCCUUAGCCAUCUGUCAAAGUAAGUCAGCAGUGAGGCUGAAAGAAGAUAUGAAAAAGAUUGCCUGCGCACCAUUGAAAGGGCAGAGAGGAAUCCCUGUUCGGAGAGUGUUUGGCACGAACCUUCAGGAGCUUCAGCAGCAGGGACUAAGCAAGAACGGCAUUCCAGAUGUGGUCUGGGAUAUUGUUGAAUACCUGACUCGGCACGGUCUAAAACAGGAAGGGCUGUUCAGGGUGAAUGGCAGUCUGAAAACAGUGGAACAGCUGCGCCUGAAGUACGAGAGCGGAGAGGAAGUGGACCUGGUGGCCGACGGAGAUGUCAGCUCAGCUGCCAGUUUGCUGAAACUAUUUCUCAGGGAGCUGCCAGACCGCGUGAUCACUUCUGCGGCACACCCCAAAUUCAUGCAGCUGUACCAAGAUUCCAGACAGCAUGGUCUGAAUGCAAACUCUUUAAGAGAACUCUUGAGACAGCUGCCUGAGGUCCACUAUCGCCUGCUGAAAUACCUUUGCCACUUCCUGAGAAGAGUUGCUGAACAUCACUCAGAGAACAAAAUGAAUAUUUCCAACCUUGCCACAGUAUUUGGACCAAACUGCUUUCACGUAUCUCCUGGAUUUGAAGGUAUGAAGGAGCAAGAGACCUGCAACAAAAUCAUGGCUUACAUGCUGGAAAACUUCAGUGCCUUGUUUGAGUGGGAACACAUGAAGAAGGAGAAUGAAAUGCAUCCAUGUGAGGAAUUGUCAAAGAUUAUAUUGGUGAAAGAGGCCAGCUGCAAGCAAAAUCUGCCUGUCAUUCUGACAAGUGUUGAAAGGGAAACUCCAAAGCGGAGUCCAAGAAACAAGAUCACAAAGUGCAAACAAGAAGGUUCUUCUCUGGCAUUUUUAAUGCCACAGCCAAGGCUCUCAGAUGGAAUUCCCCGUGUUAGCAUCCAUUUAACUGACAGUUCGUGUCCAGAGGAGAUGGAUUUAGCAGACGAUAUCUCCUUCAUGAGCAGCACUGCAUUCUUCACCAGCUCACAAGAGGAUGAAAGGCCUAUGUCACCCUUCUAUCUGAGUGCUCAUGUGCCACAAGUCAACAACAACAGCAUCCCUGCUACUGGAGAGUUUUUAGAGAAGACCAUCAGGUCAGCCGUUGAGCAGCAUCUUUUUGACGUUCAUGGCUCCGGGGGUCAAAGUUCUGAAGACUCUGAAUCUGGGACUUCCUCGACGUCUUCCAAUGUUUCUGCCAGGCAGCGAAGGCGGCACCAUAAAGAACAGGAUGAAGCCCGAAGAACCCGAGAGAGGGAGGUCAUCAAUAAAGAGAAUAUUCCUUCUGGCUUCAGUGGCAUUGACGAGUGUAUGCUGACAGCCCAAGAAGUAGAAAAACUGCAAGAGAACAGCUCUGGAUACGUAGGAGAAAGAAGUAAACCCAAGCGACAGAAAUCCAGCUCCAAACUUUCCGAGCUGAAUGACAACCAGGAUACCCUUCUGACGAUGGAAACAUUUGCUCCCCUGAGACCUGUGGACAGAACAGGACCAGAUGACGACAUGGAAGUGUUUUCAGAAGACAGCAAAGACAGUGAAAGUGACGGUGACAUAUUCAGACACUCUCAGUGUUUGACCAUGAAGAUCCAGGAGCAUCCCAGCCUUCCCGAAACCAAAUUACAGAGGAACCAAGACCCUGAUGGCCAGGAAGAGACUUUUGUAUCAGAAGUGCCUCGACUGGACUUGACUGCCUUGUGCAGCGACAACAACUGGGAAGAACCUGUCCCUGCUUUCUCCUCCUGGCAGCGUGAUGGCUUAGAUUCCGACGAAGCCCGCCUCUCCCCUCAGGCCGGCCGCCUCAUUCGCCAACUUUUGGACGAGGACAGUGAUCCAAUGUUGUCCCCUCGUUUCUAUGCCUAUGGGCAAAGUCAGCAGUACCUUGAUGAUACAGAAGUGCCUCCUUCCCCUCCCAACUCACAUUCAUUCAUGAGGAGAAGAAGCUCAUCUUUGGGAUCUUACGAAGAUGACCGAGAGGAUUUAACACCCGCUCAACUGACACGCAGGAUUCAGGGGCUGAAGAAAAAGAUCAGGAGGUUUGAAGAAAAAUUUGAAGAAGAGAGGAAAUACCGACCAUCACACAGUGACAAAGCUGCCAACCUGGAAGUGCUGAAGUGGACAAACGACCUUGCAAAAUUUCGGAAGCAGCUGAAAGAGUCCAAACUGAAGAUGUCAGAGGAAGAUCUGGUUCCUGUGAUGCGCCAGAGGAGCAAUACACUUCCCAAAAGUUUUGGCUCUCAGCUGGAGAAGGAGGAGGAGAAGAAGCAAGAUGUGCCUGAUAAAUCAUCAAAGCCAGCAGUAGAAGCAACUCUGGAAACCAUGCAAAAGAAACUCCAGGAGAAAAGGGCAGAGGCAAACAGGCCUGAAGACAUUAAGGACAUGACUAGAGACCAGAUAGCCGCAGAGAAAGUAGCUCUUCAGAAAUCCCUCUUGUAUUAUGAAAGCAUCCACGGAAGACCAAUAACAAAGCAUGAACGGCAUAUGAUGAAGCCACUAUAUGACAGAUACCGUUUGGUCAAGCAGAUCCUCUCAAGGGCCAACAGCAUCCCAAUUAUUGGUUCCCCCUCCAGCAAACGGAGAAGUCCUUUGUUGCAGCCGAUUAUUGAGGGAGAAACUGCUUCCUUUUUCAAGGAGAUAAAGGAGGAAGAGGAUGGUUCUGAGGAUGACAGCAACACAAAACCAGAUUUCACUGUCACCAUAAAGUCAGACUUCAAUGUGAGAAGUUUUUUGGACCAACUGGAAGAUGACACAGAUGGCUUUGUUUCUCCAGUGGAUGACAGGAUUCCUUCAAGAGGUGGCCAAGACAUGGGGCUGUCAAAUCUUCAUGCUGCAUCUAUGCCAGAACUUGUAGAGCAGCUUCAAGAAGUCAGGGAAGAGAAAAAGAGGAUCAGGAAAAAACUAAGAGAUUUUGAGGAUAAUUUUUUCCGUCAAAAUGGAAGAAAUGUCCAGAAAGAGGACCGUACUCCUAUGGCUGAAGAAUAUAAUGAAUACAAGCAGGUUAAAGCCAAGCUGAGGCUGCUGGAGGUCUUAAUCAGCAAAAGAGAUUUUGGCUCCAAGAUCAUGUAAUGAAGGCAAAUUCAACAUAGCCAGUAGGGAUAAGAAGUUGACCAAGCCAAAGGAAUGAUUGCUCAAAGAACUCAACAAGAGCCUUAUACCUUGACGGCCUUUUGGGCAGCUCUCCCUGGACUGUGGCUCACAGAAGAGAGGAAGGAAGGGUCCCAACGCCUUUCUUCAUACUUGUGGCCUGCUUUUUGCCUCCAAACUGGUUACCAAAGCCAGCAGAAGGUGGAAUAAGGAGGAAUGAAGACAUCCUCCGAAGGCUCUGCCCCAGAAGGUCCUUUGGCUUUGAUCAGCCUGUGACUUGUGAGCUGCUCAGACUGCGUCUGAUUUAUACCUUCUCUAACACAUCACUGCAAAAGAGGCAAAACUAGUUUGAGCUAUCACAGAUCUCCAAAUAAUUGUCGUUGUAAUUGUCAGACCAAUAAAGCACCGGAGUCUGUUUUAAUGAGGAAGGGCUUGCAUUCUAUGACAUUCUAGUUUGCUCCACUUUGAAGCCAGAAUUGCCACUUAACUGGAAAGCAAUACGUUGCUAGCUUGGCCUUCAGUGUGACUUUUUCUUACACUUUUUAAAAAAUAAAACUGUUGGCUUUGUGGAUUUUUUUCCCUUCCUGAAAAGCUAUCUCAGAACUGAUCCUUUGAACAGACAAGAAGAAGAGCAGCUAAGAAAGACGAACCCCUUGGAGAAGUAUUUUUGAGAUACUCAACAAUAGUGAUUUUUGAGUGGAACGGCUCUAAGUACCAAAUGUAUUCCAACUGUGUUCUGAUUUUCAACGUAUGUUUUGAGGGAUCCUGACAGUGCUCAAAAAUGUGAUCGUAGCACAGUUCCUCAGUAAUAAGAUCAGCAAUGGCAGGCAAGUUUCUGUGGAAAACAAUGGCCACAUCUGUUGUUACUUUUUCUGUAAUUAUGUUCUGCAAUGCCCUCUUGUUUUCAUGUCAGAUCUGCCUUAUGUCCCUAUGAUCCUUUCUAGAAGGUCUGAAGCAUGCAGUCCAUUUGUGGCAGAUGUAUGUAUAGAGGUUCCUCAGCAAACAAAAUAAUAUAGGGAUGCUUUUUCUCUGAACUUGUGAAGUUCUCUUAAUGGUGACUUUUUAAAAAACAAAACCAAAGGGCAGUAUCAAUUUGUGCUGUGUCCUUACACCAUUGAUCCCAACAGCGAGAUGUAUUCUUUCUGUUCAUGUUUAGCUGCAACUGUUUGUAUGGCUUUGUUGUUGCUGUACUUCAAAAUAGCUUGUGUACAAUUGUAGGUACAAUGAUGCACUUUAGAGAGAGAGAGAGAGAAUUUUAUAUUUUUUUAAGAAUCAAAAACAAAUAGUAAACAUAACCAAAACUGUACUUUAAAAAAAGAAAAGAAAAGAAAAACCACGGUAUUUUGUCUACCUGACCUUUUUGUUAUGCCGUUCUUCUGGGAAGGAAAAGCAUGCCUAAAAUUCAGCUUUAAGCUCUGUCUAGAGAAGCAAGCAGCUGAAGUCAGCAGAAACUUUUCCUAGGAAGUUUUUAAAAGUGUGUUUGUAUAUUGAAUAAUGGCUGAUCAGAGUUUAUAUGGCUGCUUUCUUAUCUGUAUCUGUAAAAACUGUUAAGUUGUGAACUUUGUUACAAAAUUCACAAAUCCCAUUAAAUUAAUUCUCGUCAAAACUGAAUUGCAAUUACUAAGAUUUUCUGAUUAAAACUGAGGCACAAAAAUGUGGGCCUGGAUCCAAAGAAAUGUGUUCUGUGAGCCUAAGCAGCGGUGGGAAUUCUGCAGCCCUACAGAUGUUGGUGAACUGCAAAUCCUUCAGCAUUGGUUGUGUUGGUCAAUCUGGAGUUGGAUGUCCAGUUACACAUUCCCCAUCCAUACCCUAAAAGGGACUAUAUGCUUGCUUUUCUCUUAUGGCCACAUGGCAGACUGUUUUUGGAACUAGGGGGACAGAAGCUUAAAAGAAAAAUAGCCAAAAAAAUUCACCAGGCCAACACAAGCCAUUAACAUGAGCCUCAUAAUCCAACCCUACUAGACUCAGGAGCUAAGUUCCACUGAGUUCAGUUAUAUACUUUUAGACAUAUGUUAAAGGGUUGCCACCUGAUAAAUUUGUUGGUUUUCAAUCAUUAUUUUAAACACAACUUUUCUUACCAAAAUUGCUGCUUGUCAUUUGUAUUAAAAAUAUGUGAUAUAUCUGCUUUCAGAAUCUAGAUUAAGAUAGCUUCUGUGAAAACAUCUUCUUCUAGGACACUUAUAGACUAUUGCAGCAUGAACAAGAAUGAUGCAGGGGUGUACCUUAGUUUCCGAUCUGAAUCCCUGUGUGUCUGUUUCAAAAUGCUAAUAUAAACCAAUGAAGCUGAGACGUUUAUUUUAAAGCCAAAUAAGAAUGGUAAUAAUGAACAACUCACAGCUAUAAAUGAUUCCUAGAUUUUAUUUUUUAAAAGAAAAGAAAACCUUGUAAUUUGUUCGCAAGUGAACGAGUGAACAGUCAAAUCAUUAACAGUUUUUUACAUUAAAAUUAAUGUGAAACAAUGAA